UCCACUCACACGCACUCCACUCGGAGCACUUGGAUACAGCGCUGAGGACUUGGCUGGUCUUUCUCCUCCCUAAAGAAGCGCUCAUAUUAACCUGCGCUCCAGGACAAUCCGGCACAUCCACUUUAAAUGGCACGCCACCACGCUGGACCACAGAACGAGGAGCGACAAAGGAGUAAGUGACAGAGACGGAGAGAAGGAGAGAGAGAGAGAGAGAAAGACAGUAAGAGGGAUUCCCCCGUGUCUGGAGUAAACAGAGGAGAUGGCGGUGGUCUGUCAGCUGUUGCAACCAUGAACAGAGUCAGUAGGACAUGAAACAUGAUGUCUAAGCUCAGCUGAAGCUGUCCAUCCUCCUCCCUCCAUCCUCCCCUGAGGGAGGACAAGAAGAUGAGUGUCACCAGCCGUCAGUCCUUCAACAUCUUGGCCGUCAUAUUGCUUUUACUUUCCACAGCAGCUCUUUCAGCUCAUUUUCGGGUGUGUGAACCCUACACUGACCACAAGGGGCGCUACCACUUUGGAUUCCACUGUCCUCGACUCUCUGACAACAAGACCUACAUGUUCUGCUGUCAUCACAACAACACUGCCUUCAAGUACUGCUGCAAUGACACAGAGUUUCAAACCAUCAUGCAGGUCAACCUCACAACCGCUCUGGAUAGUUUUGCACACAAUAACUACACGGCGCUGGUGGGCGUGUGGAUCUAUGGCUUUUUUGUCAUGGUGCUGCUGGCGCUGGACUUCCUCUACUACUCAGCCAUGAACUACGAGGUAUGCCGGGUGUACCUGGAAAAGUGGGGGCUUGGGGGCCGCUGGCUCAAACAAGCCCGCAGUCAGUGGCAACGAGCCGAGCAGGAGGAGAGCCAGACGCAGCAGCCAUCUCAGCCUGGAGCUCCAGCAGCACUCUCACACUACCAACAGCAGCACUGUCACAACCAGCCCAGACACAGCCUGAAGACAGAGGCCCACAGCCCAACACAGACUGCACACAGCACAUCAAUUGCCUGAGUUAACAGACCCCAAGAAAACACCUGAGUGGAGAGUUUGGUGUACAGUGUGGUUCAUGCUCCAGUCUUCAGACAUAAAGCUAGCUGUCGAGGAGCACUGGUUCAGAUGUGCCUCCCUAUCAACCCAUUCUCUUCAAGCACAGCCCUUCAGUUCCUCUAUAAAGACCUCCCUGCAGAACCAAGCCCAAGAAACACUGGAGAAUCACUGACAUACUUGGGGCUGUUAUAGACCCAGCAGAACUGGGUAAUUAAAGGAACUACUGCAGAGCUUGAAUCUUGAAGGAACAGAUGAGAUGAGAUGAGAUGAGAUGAGAUGGCCUUUGUGAACUGAGCUGGAACAGAACUUCAGUAGAACUAUGUCAAAGUCUAUCUGAGUAAAGGAACAAGUGUAGCUUUCUUCAACCAUGACCACUUCACAGCGAGGAUCAUAAAGUGAGGAGUGUUCAUGGACACAUUUGAGGAUAUAUUUAUAGUGUUUGCACUGCCUUGUGAACUAAUAUGGACUAAUUACUAUAAUUGUGUGGUGGUAGGAGUAUUUAUUUGUACUUUGUUUAUGUAUACUAGUCAGGGAAUAUUAUGAGAAGCAAAUACUUAAAGCCCCACUCAGGAACCACUGAGGCAAGAGCGCUACUGCACAAGGACGAGCUUUGAGUGAACAGUGAGCAUAGUGGUAGUAUGAGUAGUGUAGUCACACAUAGUGUAGUCAUCCAAAAGACAUCCCGUUUUAGUGCUGUUGGUGCAGUGCUAAAACUGGCCUGGAACUGGCAGUGAUUCCUGAUUUGGGCUUUAGUGAAUUCUGAAUAUUGGUAAUCACCAUUUUGAAAUUCACCUCUUGCCAUCUUGUAAUUUAUGACACCCCACCUGUGUUCCAGUGGAAAAAAUGCAGCAAAUCUUCACCUCAUGCAAUUUGGGGAGUCAAAUGAAAGGUUUCUGACUGCAGUUUCACUAUGAUGAGCCCAUUGCCAUGAAGCACGAUUGAUUUUGACGAAAAAGUGAUCCAUGUGAGCGGAGACGGUCAGUGUACUCACAGCAAACAAAAGGAAAAUUACUGUUUAAUUCAAAUUUGUGCCAGAAGGUCAUCUACAUUCUGGUCAUCUAGUCCUAAAACAUUCAGUAAUCAAUUAA